UCUCCUCCACCUCCGCAACACAAAAAAUACAGUACAAAAACGCCGCAAUGGUUCGACACAAGAAAGAUGGAUUCUCGUCAAGAGGAGGCAAGAAAUACAGCAAUGCGCCUAGAAGAUCAGGUCCACGACACGACGAUGACGACUCAGAACACCCCGCAUCUCGCCCCUCCUUCAAAGCAGCAUGUUGGGAUCUCGGACACUGCGAUCCAAAGCGAUGUUCAGGGAAGAAAUUGAUGAGGCAGGGACUUAUGCGCGAGCUUCAUGUUGGACAAAAACACUCUGGAGUCAUCAUCAGUCCAAAUGCGAAGCAAACAGUCUCCCCCGCCGACCGGGAGCUCAUGGAACAAUAUGGAGCCGCUGUGGUGGAAUGCUCGUGGGCUAGGAUAAAGGAGGUGCCCUGGCCAAAGAUUGGUGGAAAAUGCGAGAGAUUAUUACCGUACCUGGUGGCUGCGAAUAGUGUCAAUUAUGGCAAGCCUUGGAGACUGAAUUGCGUGGAGGCUCUGGCAGCGGCAUUCUUUAUCUGCGGGCACCCAGAUUGGGCAGAACAGAUACUUGCUCCAUUCUCAUAUGGAGAAGCGUUCUUGGAAAUCAAUUCGUCGAUCCUGAAGAGAUACGCGGCGUGUAAGGAUGAGGCAGAAAUCAAGAAGGCGGAAGAGGUCUGGAUGGCUAGGCUGGAGAAGGAAUAUGCAGACAGCCGAGGCAAUGGAGAAGAUGGGGCGGAGACAGAUAUGUGGAAAGGUGGAAACUCGAAUCACCGUGCGCCAGUUAGUUCAGAUGACGAUGAGGACGAGGACGAGGACAAUGAGGAAGGUGGCGAAGAUAACGACGAGGAGAUCGAUGGUAUAUUCCUGGGAAAGAAGCCCGAAAAAGUCGACUUGACGCAACCGGAGGUAGAAAAAGACCCAUUCGACAUAUCUGAUAACGAGGACGACGAAGAAGAAAUGGCCGAGUUGAGAAGAAGAGUAUUGGCUGCCAAACCAUUCUCAAAUCCAACAGACACAGGGAAGAAGCAGCCAGAGAAGAUAGCUCGACCUGUGCCGCUCAAGGAUGAUUCGGAGGUUGAGCCUGAUUCGGAUAAUGGGGAUGAUGAUGAGUUCGACAACAUUAUUGAUGCUACACCUGUCACGGAUAGGAUAGGUAUCAAGGCCAAGCAGAGGAGCAAGGCGGAGGAACCUCUUGCUAGCGCAAUAUUUUCUAGAACUGUGGUAGGUGCUCCGAAGAAGUGGUAAUGAAACUAAGAAGUUACCAUCAUGGGCGCGCAUUAUUAUAUGACAUUGCA